AUGGAUUCAGAAUCAUAUUGUGGAUCGGUUCCGCUGAGCUAUUUUGACCCAUUUGAUUUAUUCGAAAGUUUAAAGCCUGAAUUUCAGCAGAUACUACCGUUAGACAAUAUACAUUGGAAAGCAUUUGAUGGAACAGUACGAACGGUCAACAAGCUACCCAUUGAAUUGAUUCCAGAAAAUAGGGGAGAGGCAGAUAAAUCUGAUAAUGAACAACCGUUUAUAAGGUUCCUUAUAGUGAAUUGUAUCUCUAUUGAUCAAUAUAGGACCAAAGUGCGGCCUCUAGUGAGGCAGUGGCUACCAAAUCUAGAAUCCGUAUCUUCAUCUACAGUACAUAAAAUGGUUUAUAAACCAAUUAUUUUGUUGUAUGCCAAUUCUGAAUUAGUGGACUCAAAUCUUUUCAAAUCAGUAUCUUUAGUGGAGAAGUUCGGUAAAGAUUUUCCACAUAUACAAACUUUGGAAGUUCGAUCGGUUUAUAGAUCUUCCAAAGAUAGACAGGAGUUUUGGAAUCAAUUUAGCCAACAGAUAAAGGCUUCGGUACUGAGCAUAUUUCAACAACGAUUGAAGCAUCUGCAAAAUUUGCUGGCUAAUUUACGAAAAGGAAAUAAUUUUGAGGAACAGCUUCUAACAAGAGAAAAAUUGUAUGAGUUAUAUGUUGUGUUCAACGUCUUGGAGGAUGCGAGCCUCGAAUUACAAAAAAUUAAGAAAGAAAUACUUCACAGAAAUAUGAAUAUGCCGGAUGGAAAUCUUCAGAUACCGUUUGAAUCAUCUUCUAAAUCAGAUGAAUCUUUAGGCUCCAUAAUAAUUGAAGGCACACUUGAUAAGUUCCAAUUGCAUAGGUAUUUCUUCAUUAGAAGGUUGAGACUUUUGAGAUUAGAAGACCAGGCAUUGACCGCGUUUGUAAGUGCGUAUCAAUUAAUCAAGAAUUUUAUUGAAGCAAUCUCAAUAGAAUAUAAAAAUUCUGUGAGAUUACUGGAAUUUAAGCAUUAUUUUAUAAGUUCCAUGCUAUCAUAUUUUCCAUCUCAUAAUAUUUCAAAUACAUUGUUAUGUGAAAUUAGAGCUGAGUUAUUAAUGUUGAAACGCGAUAACUGGGUGCAAGGUGUUAUGUCGACGAGUGGUUACGUAUUAAUGGAUAAAUGCUACCCAAGCACUGGUGUAUUAUAUAAAUUUGAUUUACUGAAAGAAACGUUUCCCAAUGAAAUGGUCUUUCGGGAAAAUUUUCUUAGCCUUACCAAGGAAAUCCUUUCCCUUUUUAACAAAUGUGGAGGGAAGCGUCGGAGAAUAGUAGAUAUUUUAUCCAUUGAGAUUGGACUGCUUUACUAUCAGGGAGAGAGGUAUGAGGAAGCUGUCUCACUCUUCCUUUCGUGUUAUGAAUACUAUACUCAUACGAAUUGGAAUAAUAUUGGUUUAAAAAUAUUGCAAGUUUUCAUUGAUUCCUUAAGCCACUGCCCUGAGCUAGGUGUCUUGGAAAUAGAUGGAGAAUCAAUUUCUGCAACAGCCGUUUUAAGUAACGCAUUUCUCAAUAUACUGAAGUUGUGCAAAGAUACUAAUGACAAGGAAACUUGGUGGAAAAAGCUCAUCGAUUUGCAGAUGAAAAAAAGUAUCAAUCUGAUUUAUUCCUUAGAUGGGCUAUUUGAAGUAAGCAUAAAUCCUAAAGUUCAUCUAAUGAGAGCCAAUGUUUACGGUAUCGAGGUCAACUUGACAAGUAAUGGAUUUCCUGAAGACAUUAUUACAAAGAAUAUGAGAUUUUCCUUAAAAAAUAUGAGUGGAGAAGUAAUAGUUUUUGAAGCUGGUGAUUUUUCUUUGAUGAAAGCUAAGAACAAACUAAUACUGGAGUGUAAGAAUAUCAUGUACGGUGAUUUUUUUCCGCUGUCUUUCGAAAUUAUUGUUGGAGGAAUUACUUUCGUAAAGGAUUUCUCAGAAACUGAAGAUGAAAUCAUUGUAGUACCAGAAAUUUAUUGCAAGGAAAGUACGAAGAUUCUGGUGAAUCAGGCGCAUAACUUGAACUUGGGAGAAUAUGCUCUUGAAUUGACAAGCGUACACAUAGAUGAUUUAGAAUCGUUGCAAGUAGAGGUUGAGGUACAAAAGAAUGCUGGACACAUAAAAAAUGUACCAGUAAGUUUCUCCAUGAAUGAAACCCUAGUAACGAAAAAAUUUACUAACUCAUUUGAAAAUAUUAGGCUAGAAUACUAUUUGAUGGAUCAAACAACUGCUUUUGAUUUAUUGAUCAAAACUUCCUUCGACAAAAAAAAUGACCAAGGUUCCUUUAGCGAGAUUAAAAGAGUCCAUGUUGAGUGCUAUUUACAAGUUUCUGUGUCAGUGGAAGAUAUUUUCAAAAAAGAUAAAUUCUUCUUCAAGUUCCUUUUGAACUCUUCGAUUAGGGAGGAGCCGGUAAUUUUGUAUAGCUCACAACUAUCAGCACCAGUAACACAGAAUGAUUACAUAAUACAUGGUAAUUAUACCACGACUACACCUGCAAUAAUUACUUUUGAUGGAAAUGACAGUUUUGUUAAUUGCUAUGAUAUCAUAGCCAAUAGUAACUUCGACUCAAAGGACAUCUUUAACCUGAAGGUAAGAUACAAUACAUUGAAAGAGCAACUAGACUGCUUUAUUACAGACGCUGUACUAAUUGAAGGUGAUGUAGAAUGGUUUGUUCGGUUUGAGAAAUGGAAGUUAUAUUGGGAAUUAGAAAUCUUGAAAAAUUUGAAAUACGAUUAUGACGCAUUCAAAGAAAACAAGGUAAUUAAAUUGAUUAAGGCGUCGUUAGAUCUGAAUAAAACUAAGUGGCGUUUACGAAAGCUAUCUAUAGAAGAGACUGUUCUUGAUAAAAUGUUGAUUUGUUUGAAUAAAGUGAGAAGGGGAAUUGCAGUAUGUAAUACUGAUAUGGAUGAGUACGUGAAUAAUCUGGUACCAAAACAGUUGACUGUUCCGGUACAAUUACCAAGUUUUGAUCAAUUCUUUCAUGUACAAUUCAAAUCAACCAGGAUUGAAUCUGAUGCGCCACAAGACAUUAUUUUCAGUAUAGGCAAUCCGAUUUCCUAUUCUGUGGUCGUGGAAAAUCUUAGCGAACAAUGGGGACAGGAAAUCAUUAAUGAUGGAGGGUAUGUUUUUGAAAUCUUGAGCAGUAAUGAAUGGUUAAUUCAUGGUCAAAAACGCUGCGCAAUAAAAGAGAAAAUAACGAAAUUUGAUGUCCACUUGAUCCCCUUAAAGAAGGGGUACUUAAACUUUCCACACGUUGAAAUUGCCAACAUAUAUGGUAAGAGUUGUAGGGUUGACCAUUCAAAUGCGUUCGAGUCUAUUUUGAUCUUUUAA